UGUUCCGCUUCCGGUCAACCAGGCUCUGGGUUGCGGAAAGUUGUUGCUGCGGAGGGCGCGAUGGGGAAAUCAGAUUUUCUUACCCCUAAGGCCAUCGCCAACAGGAUCAAGUCCAAGGGGCUUCAGAAGUUGCGCUGGUAUUGCCAGAUGUGCCAGAAGCAGUGCCGGGACGAGAAUGGCUUUAAGUGUCAUUGUAUGUCCGAAUCUCAUCAGAGACAACUGUUGCUGGCUUCAGAAAAUCCUCAGCAGUUUAUGGAUUAUUUUUCAGAGGAAUUCCGAAAUGACUUCCUAGAACUUCUCAGGAGACGCUUUGGAACCAAGAGGGUUCACAACAACAUCGUUUACAAUGAGUACAUCAGCCACCGAGAGCAUAUCCACAUGAACGCCACGCAGUGGGAGACGCUGACAGAUUUUACUAAGUGGCUGGGCAGAGAAGGCUUGUGCAAAGUGGACGAAACACCAAAAGGCUGGUAUAUUCAGUAUAUAGAUAGGGACCCUGAGACGAUCCGCCGGCAGCUGGAACUAGAGAAGAAGAAGAAGCAGGACCUUGAUGAUGAAGAAAAAACUGCCAAAUUUAUUCAAGAACAAGUGAGAAGAGGUCUGGAGGGGAGAGAGCAGGAAGUCCCUGUUUUUACGGAAUUAAGCAGAGAAAAUGAUGAAGAAAAAGUUACAUUUAAUUUGAAUAAAGGAGCGUGUAGUUCAGGAGGAGCAUCUUCCAAAUCAAGUUCUUUGGGACCAAGUGCUCUGAAGACAGUAGGGAACGCAGCAUCGGUGAAACGGAAGGAAUCUUCCCAGAGCUCAGCUCAGUCAAAAGAAAAGAAGAAGAAGAAAUCUGCACUCGAUGAAAUCAUGGAGAUUGAAGAGGAGAAGAAAAGAGCUGCCCGAACAGAUUACUGGCUCCAGCCUGAAAUUGUAGUGAAAAUUAUAACCAAAAAACUUGGAGAGAAAUAUCAUAAGAAAAAGGGGAUUGUUAAGGAAGUAAUUGACAAUUACACCGCUGUGGUGAAGAUGAUUGAUUCUGGAGACAAGCUGAAACUUGACCAGACUCAUUUAGAAACAGUAAUUCCAGCACCAGGAAAAAGAAUUCUCGUUUUAAAUGGAGGCUACAGAGGAAAUGAAGGUACCCUAGAAUCCAUCAAUGAGAAGACUUUUUCAGCUACUAUAGUCAUUGAAACCGGCCCUUUAAAAGGACGCAGAGUUGAAGGAAUUCAAUACGAAGACAUUUCUAAACUUGCCUGAGUUUGAUAACUUGUUAACAGCACAUUAAAAUCUUAAAGCAUCAAAUUGGUGUUCACAAAGGCAUUACAAGACUCUACUGUGUUAGGGUGUUUCUUUUGUAUAAAACAAAUGGAUUUAUUUAAAUAUUACUGUAUAGUUGUUUAGCUAAGCUUACAGAAAAAUCUAGUUAUGUCUCAUGAAGUAUCAAAAUUGUGUAAUUUUGUCUUUGUUAUUUUUAUUUCCUUUGUAAUAUUUCCUUGAUGAUUUUUUAUCUUCAUUAAAAGAACAUUAUUGUAAAGUGUUUUAUAUAGGACAAUUUAGAAUCGUAUAGUUAGAGGAAAUCCUUCAUAUACUCUAAAUUUCUAUUUUCAUCAGUAAAGUUGAACUGUAAAUAUUAUUACAUUUUAAAGAGUCAAACUAUAAAUAGAAUAGCAGCUUUAUUGAGAUAUAAUUCACACACACCAUACAAUUUCACCCAUUUAAAGUGGACAUUUCAGUGGUAUUUAGAAUAUUUACAAAGUUGUACAAGCACCACCACUAUCUAAUUUGAAACAUUUUCAUCACCCCCGAAAGUAACCCUGUAUCCAUAGUCACUCCUAACCUCCCCUCUCUCCCCAGCCCCUGGCAACUACUAACCUACUUUCCAUCUCUGUGUAUUUGCCUGUUUUGGACAUUUCAUAUAAAUGGAAUCAUACGAUAUGCGAUCUUUUAUGACCAGCUUCUUUCACACAGCAUAAUGUUUUCAAGGGUUAUCCACGUUGUAGCACGGAUCACUAUCUCAUUCCUUUUCAUUGAACAAUUAUCCAUCAUAUGGGUAUACCGCAUUUUUAAAAAACUAUUCAUCAGUUGCUGGAUUUGGGUUGUUUC